GUAGGUUCGUCUGUCCUUCAGUCCAGCUGACCAGGUUCCCAUUUCAGAGUUUCGUGGCUUCCUGAAACCCCUCAAAGGUGUGAAAGGAUGGCCUUUGUGAAGAGUGGUUGGCUGCUUCGACAAAGCACAAUUUUGAAACGGUGGAAAAAAAACUGGUUUGAUUUGUGGUCAGAUGGACACCUCAUCUAUUACGAUGACCAGACAAGGCAGAAUAUAGAAGAUAAAAUUCACAUGUUGGUGGACUGCAUCAAUAUCCGAAUGGGAAAUGAAUGCCGAGAUUUUCAUCCUCCUGAGGGCAAACCAAAAGACCGAAUACUGCAAAUUGUUUGUCGAGAUGGGAAAACUGUCAAUCUUUGUGCAGAAAGUGCUGAUGAUUGCUUGGCCUGGCAAUUUGCACUCCAGGAUGCCAGGACAAAUACAGGCUAUGUUGGCUCAGAAGUCAUGUAUGAUGAGACUGCAGUUGCUUCAUCUCCUCCUCCUUACACAGCUUAUGCCACACCAUCCCCUGAGGUAUUUGGCUAUGGUCACUAUAAUGGUACAUACCCUCCAGGAACUCAGGUCAUCUAUGCUGCUAAUGGACAGGCUUAUGCAGUACCAUAUCAGUAUCCAUAUCCAGGACCUUAUGGACAGCAGCCUGCCAACCAUGUCAUCAUUAGGGAGCGUUAUCGGGACAACGAUGGAGACCUGGCUCUGGGCAUGCUGGCUGGAGCAGCCACUGGCAUGGCCUUGGGAUCUUUGUUCUGGGUCUUCUAGUUUCUCUAGAUCUUUG